AAUCCGGCCCGUCUCAUCACUUCGCUUCCGAUUGACAUUGGAGGAGGACCAAGAUCUAGCAACUUGCUUUCUUUGCUUAUCAAUUUAUCAAAGCUUUACAGAGCAGACAGAGAGACAGGAUGGAGCGAUUGCAGAGGAUAUUCGGCGGAGGAAUGGGAGGGAUGGGUCAGCCGCAUCCGGAUUCUCCGCUCUUGGACUCCUCGGAGCAAGUCUACAUAUCGUCGCUGGCGCUCCUCAAGAUGCUGAAGCAUGGGAGGGCCGGGGUUCCUAUGGAGGUGAUGGGCCUCAUGCUUGGGGAGUUCGUCGACGAGUAUACUGUCAGAGUCGUCGACGUCUUCGCCAUGCCUCAGAGCGGUACCGGUGUCAGUGUGGAGGCCGUCGACCACGUCUUCCAGACCAACAUGCUCGACAUGCUCAAGCAGACUGGCAGACCAGAGAUGGUCGUUGGUUGGUACCAUUCACAUCCCGGAUUUGGUUGCUGGCUUUCUGGUGUUGAUAUAAACACUCAGCAGAGUUUCGAGGCAUUGAAUCAAAGGGCUGUUGCUGUAGUGGUCGACCCGAUUCAGAGUGUUAAAGGGAAAGUGGUUAUUGAUGCAUUCCGUCUUAUUAACCCUCAAACAAUGAUGCUCGGACAAGAGCCACGUCAAACAACGUCUAAUCUUGGGCAUUUGAACAAACCAUCGAUUCAGGCUUUGAUUCAUGGGCUGAACCGACAUUACUACUCUAUAGCCAUAAACUAUAGAAAAAAUGAACUUGAGGAGAAGAUGCUUCUGAACCUCCAUAAGAAGAAGUGGACUGAUGGCUUGACCCUGCGUCGGUUUGAUACCCAUUCUAAAACAAAUGAGCAAACUGUGCAGGACAUGCUUAACUUGGCCAUAAAAUACAACAAGGCAGUUCAAGAAGAAGAUGAAUUGUCCCCAGAGAAACUUGCUAUUGCAAAUGUGGGGAGGCAAGACGCAAAGAAGCAUCUGGAAGAGCAUGUAUCGAAUUUGAUGUCGUCAAAUAUAGUUCAGACUCUUGGGACCAUGCUUGAUACUGUUGUAUUCUAGGGUGAUUUGAUGAUGUUUUACGUUGAACGCUUAUGAAUUUCAAGCCUGAUUUAGGCAUAUGGUUACGUUUGGAGAAUCUCCUGUAAGACACUUUUAAAGUUGGCCUAGUCCUUGGACGUAAUGUAAGGGCGGUGAAAGAUGAUAUUGUUCUUGCAUAAGCCUUAACUAGGCAAUAAUUUCAUAUUCGCGCUUGUGUCAUGGCUAUUGAAUUUCCUAAUGAAUGUUAUAAUGUAUUUCGUGAUUA